AUGAUCCUUCAAAGAUUCUUUUCCACAAGUUUGCGAUCUUCAUUUCCUCGUGGAGUGAAUAGUACAACCCAUUUGACGACCAAAAACAGCAAGUCAUUCAAACUCGUAUCUUUCCCAGAACCACCUGAAUUACUACCGAAAGACAAGUCAUUUGGUAACCGUACAUUUGCCAGACCAGUACAAUUUAUCAAGAGUGUAUCUUCACUUGAACAAGCACCCGCUCGAGAUCUUCCAGAGGUUGCAUUUGUAGGAAGAAGUAAUGUUGGUAAAUCAACAUUGAUCAAUUAUCUGACCAACAACCAUAAUUUGGUCAAAACAUCAAGUAAACCUGGUCAUACACGGUUAUUAAACUUCUUUAAUGUGUCUGACAAAUGUACUCUGGUUGAUAUGCCUGGUUAUGGGUUCAGAUCGCGUGAAGAAUGGGGAGAUUUGAUUAUAGACUAUUUGACCAAUCGCAAACAAUUAAAGAGGCUGUUUAUUCUCGUUGAUCCAACCGCCGGCCUCAAGGACACCGACAAGCAAUUGAUGGAGAUGUUGGAUAAACAGGCAGUGUCUUAUCAGAUAAUCUUGACAAAGAAGGAUCGAUUGAACAAAGAGGCAUUUGAGACAUCCAAGUCAACCAUUGAACGUUACUUGGUUGACAACGCCAUCUGCUGUUAUCCCGAGCUAUUAUCUGCAGGCAAGGCACGACGUAGUAAGAACAAUACUGAUCAGACAGCAGAGGAUAUAACACGUGUGAGGUGGGCAGUGUUAUCAGCAGCAGGUGUGAAUGCUUAA